GCUCGACAUAAUAUUCAGUUAUCAAAUUUUGUCCGUUCCGAUACGGUCGUGUAGUUUGUCGGCUCAAACAAACAUAUCGGCCGAAGAAGCAUUCCCUCUUGGAACUUGGUAAGUUUCCGGAUUCCAACUCUCAAGAUAAACUCGUAUUCCGGUGGAGAAUCCUAUUUUGUAUCCCAGGCGACACAACAUUAUUGUCUGUAAGCCGUCCGCUACGGUAAAAAAAAUGGGGCAUUUUUUGAUUACCCUGCUAAUUCUGUCGAUGGCGAUUGUGAGCUUUGGAAUCGACUUGAAUGUUGAAUUUGAAUGGAAGCUUGCUGAAUAUCAAUGGGACAACUGGCAGCAGUUAGAAACCGCGAUACGUGAUAACAAUUACCAACCUAAAAAGUGCUUGUUGUACGAUGUAACAAAAGCAGACGAUGGAAGAAUAUUCAUUACUCUGCCGCGAGAAAUGGGUCCUGGUACUCCUGCUACCUUAGUAACAGUAUCUAAUGAGACAUGUACAAGAGGACCACGUCUACGUCCGUAUCCAGAUUGGAGUUGUCAUAAUAAUACAAACUGUCCGUGCCCUGGUUUGAUAAGUGUUUACUACACGCAGAUCGAAUGCGAUCACCUCUUCGUUCUGGAUUCCGGCAGAAAUGGGACCCAACAAAUUUGUAAUCCAAAACUAGUGAUCUUCGAUUUAAAAACUAAUAAGCUAGUUAAAAGGCUUUACAUUCCAUGUGAUAUCGCUUUUAACAGAACGAAUUCCGGAGUUUUAACAAUGCCUCUCGUUCAUAUUCCCGGAAAAUGCAGCCAGUUCCUGAAUGAAAUGAUUAUAUUUAUAUCCGACAAAGAAGGUAACGGUUUAGUGGUGUAUGACGCGUCUAGGAGGGUUAUGUGCAGAGUUGAAUCUGAUUACAUGAAACCGACCAAUCCUGUUUUCACUAUAGCAAACGAAACUUUAACUUAUCCGGCUGGUAUUUACGGUAUGACAAUCAUUGGUGAUGAACUCUUCUAUGCACCUCUAGCGGCGACGAAAAUAUAUAAGAUGAAAAUAAAAGAUGUACUAAAGUGUCCAGAUAAAAAUACGGCUAAUAAUCAAACAAAACUUGCCGGUACAUUAAAAAGCCAAACAAGCCUAAUAACAUCUAUGGAACAUGUACUAUUUUUAAACAAUAUCGAAGAUAUGACUAUUUUAGGCGUGGAUUCUUCUAAACAAUUUAAUCCUGAAGACAUGGUGGAACUCGUGCGAGAUCCCAAAAAAUUGCAAGCUAUAUCUGGGAUGAAAUAUUCACGCAAUACGGAUGAGCUAUUGAUGGUUACAGAUAGAUUUCAGCGUUUAUUUCUUGGCACUUUAGAUGAAAAGGAAAUAAACUUCUACUAUAUGAAAAUGAAAGUACAAAGCAUACGGGAGACAACAGAUUUGUUUUAUACCACCACUACUACUACUACUCCUACUACUAUUACUACUACUACCACUUGAGCGACCCUGGUGGGUUUGGUGGUAAAUUAAACAAAUUUCACAAAUAUUUUAACAUAUGUACAAUUUAAAUUUUCUUGUAUAUAUGUAAAAAUCAGAGUUGAGUAGUGCCUAACUAAAAAAAUAAAAAUUUAAAAAAGUUAAAAAGUUAAAUAAUCUUAACUUAGUUAUAUUUUAGACUCUAAACUUUCAAAUCAAUUUAGUCAUAUUUUAUCGAUAACUAUUAAGUUUUAAUUUAACUUUAUUGAUGUUGCACCUUCAGUGCUUCUUUUAUAAACCCAAGAAAAAAUACAUAUCUGAGAUGGUGUCUUCAAAUUCGAAUUUGAGAACACACAUCAAGACAAGUUAUUAAUAAAUAUAGUUUGGCCGUGGGAAGAAUUCAGUAAAUUUGAUUAUGGGAUAACUUGUAUCUUAACUAAUGGGUCAAUUCUGAACAGACUGGUAAGGUUCGUAAGUUGUUCUCGUAAAAUUCAGAAGAACUUAUAAGUGUUAUUGUAAUUCUAUGCGCGCGGAUCGUAAGAUGUAUGAUUAUUCAUAAAUAUCUAUGAUUUCUCGUAAAUCUUACGACUAGCAAGAAGUUGUCUGUAAAGAUAUUGCAUAAAGUUAUAAGCGUUUUCAAUCAUAAAUUCUUACAAGUGUUACGAGAACAAAUUAUGAACCUUACGAUUCCGCUUAGAAUUGAUCUAUAAGUUAAAUUUUUGAGGCCUUAAGAGUUAACUUUAAUUUAACUUAAGUUAAAAAAAAAAUUAACUUACCCAACUCUGAUAAGAAUUAUAUGCAUACAUAAUUUGUUGCAAAAGAUUGAUCUGUGACAUUUCUUUUUCAAUUUAAUUUUUAAAAAAUUUGAGAAUUUGUGAAUUAUACAUUAUAUACAUACAAAUAUAAAAAUAAUUAAUUGGUAUAUAAAUAAAGAAUAAAUUAUUUUAAAAGAGCUCUGCAAAUAUAAUUUUGAGAUAAUACCUUCUGAAUAUAACCUCAUAAAAGCGAAUAAUUUCAAUAUUAUGUAAAUUGCAUAUAAUAAACAUAAUUAUAGAAUGACACAUGAAUUGACAUUUCAAUGCUAACAUAUUCAAAAGUUGAUAAAACUGAAUCAUAAUACAUUAUUAAAAACAUUUUUCAAACUAAUAACUUGUGAUUAAUUCUUUACUAUUUGUGAAUAAUAAAUA